UUAAAGAAAAAAAAAAAAGGAAAUAAACAACAAUACUCAUAAUAAAAUAAAAAUAUAUAUACAUUUUCUAAAAAAAAAAUAAAAAUUAGAUUGAACGACGUGAUGUCGGUGUGUAGUGAGUUGAGUGGCAGAUCGGCGCUGCUGAUGGUGGCCGCCACUGCAUUGGUGUUGAUGAACGGAGUAGCGGGGUUGGAUGGGCUGGGCGUGAACUGGGGCGACAUCUCGUCUCAUCCGCUACCGCCGAAAUCGGUGGUGAAGAUGCUGAAGGCCAACGGGAUUAAGAAGGUGAAGCUUUUCAACUCCCCGGAGCAUAUCCUCAAUGCCUUGGCUGGUACCGGCAUUGAGGUCAUGAUCGGCACCCCCAAUGCCCUCCUCAAAGAGAUGGUUAAUUAUGAUGUAGCAGAGGCUUUUGUCAAAGAAAAUGUCACUCGCUACAAACCCACUUCUCCCGAUGGCGUUAAAAUCACGCUUGUGGGUAUAGGGAACGAACCAUUUCUCAAGUUCUACAAGAAACUGGGAUUAUUCGAUGUCACGUAUCCAGCGCUUGCGAACAUGCAGAAGGCACUGAAUGAAGCUGGGAUUGGUAAAACCACCAAGGCAACCGUACCAUUCAACGCCGACGUGUACCUGUCUCCGCCGGAUAAACCCGUGCCGUCCGCCGGGAUGUUCCGGCCGGACAUCCAGAAACAAGUGAAGCAAAUCAUUAAAGUACUGGACGAGAACGACUCCCCCUUCAUGAUCAACGUCUACCCUUUCCUCAGCCUUUACUUCGCCAACGGCAGCUUCCCUUUCGACUUCGCCUUCUUCGACGGCGUCGACAAGCCGCUCGACGAUAACGGCAAAACCUACACCAACGUCUUCGACGCCAACUACGACACCGCGGUUGCGGCCCUGGCGCGCGAGGGCCACGGCAAGAUGACCGUCACGGUGGGGGAGAUCGGGUGGCCCACCGACGGAAACGAGUUCGCCAACGCCUCCCUCGCCGCCAAAUUCUACGGCGGCUUCAUCAAACACUUGGCGUCCAAGAAAGGCACCCCGGCCCGCCCCGGCAGCGCCCUGGAGGUGUACAUGUUCGGGCUGUUCGACGAGGAUCAGAAGAGCGUUCUUCCCGGCGACUUCGAGCGCCACUGGGGAAUUCUCGGCUACGACGGCCAACCCAAAUUCAAGCUCGACCUUUCCGGCGGAAAGGGGAAGGCUCUCACCGGCGUGCCGGAGAUUGAAUACCUUCCUAAGAAAUGGUGCACCGUGAAAUCCAACGCCAAAUUCACCAAUAUGAAAGCCACCAUCUCCUACGCCUGCGACCGCGCCGAUUGCACCGCCACAAGUAACGGAUCGUCGUGCCACUCCCUCACCGAACCCGAAAAACUUUCCUACUAUUUCAACGCCUACUUUCAGACCCAUGAACAAGAAGCUGGGAGCUGCGACUUCGGGGGUUUAGGGGAGGUCACCACUACCAACUUGUCUACCUCCACCUGCAACUUCAACAUCGGCAUUAAAGUGCCGCCGCCGGAAGCGCCGUCACCUGGUUCUCCGGCCGACGGUUCUCCCUCAAAACCCGGUUCUAACUCAUCUUCUCGUUCCCUUUCCGGCUCCGGCUUGCUGCUAUGUAGGGGAAUUUUCUUACUACUCCCAUUGUUCUUCUUGAUUAGAAUUGACUCAUUCGAUCUUUUGUUCUAAUUUUCAAGAGAAUAAGCUUCGAGGGCUUAUUAUGCAUUAGAAACACAAGGCUACACUGAUCUGAGGACGGUGGAGAAAUAAAGCCGGAAUUAGGAGAGAUAUGAAUUGUAAUUUCACAUUUCACCGGAAAAGAAUAAAGUGUUGACUUUUGAUCGA